UUCUCGCGGAAGGUUUUCCGUAACGGCCCGUUUGCUGGAGCGGUUGGAGCUCGCGGCGUUACAGUGGAAGUUACAGUUAGAAACGUUCGAAAGCGUUUGAAACGUUGGUUAGAUUCGGUUGGUGGUAAAGUUAGCGCCCACAGCUGAGCUAGGAUGGGGGACGAAAUGGGUAGAUCAGGCAAAACGAACGAUUCAAAAACAAGAGAGGAUGGAAAUCAUACCUGUGAGGAGACUCCGGAGGACGGCGGCGUUAAAUAUUAUACACUCGAGGAGGUUCAAACGCAUAAUAUGAGCAAAGAUGCAUGGCUUAUCAUCCACGAGAAGGUUUACGACAUUACGAGUUUCCUGGAAGAGCAUCCAGGAGGUGAAGAAGUACUUUUGGAGCAGGCUGGCGGAGACGGAACGGAGAGUUUUGAAGAUGUUGGCCAUUCCACAGAUGCAAGAGAGAUGCUCCAGCAGUACUGUAUUGGAGAACUGCACAUGGAUGAUCGGAAAAAAGAGACCAAGAAGGAGGUUUACAUCACGACUUCAAAAGAAUCCAGCUCGUGGACCUCCUGGCUGAUUCCUGCCGUAGCAGCUGUUGUCAUUGGCAUCAUGUACCGUUAUUACAUGCUAGGACACCAGCCUUCUUGAGCACUAUUCACCAGGGCCUAGACUAUCCAAACCAUCACAGCACAGCCAUCGCUUUUAGGGUUUGGAGGGUAGAAGAGCAUUCCAAGUGAUGCACCCUGUAAUGGUAAAUGGCUGGGCUUUGAUGGUUCCAGGAGACCCAGUACCUAACAGUGCUUGUUUAGGUUUUUUUUGUUUUUUUGUUUCCUUUUCUUUUUUUCGUGAUGUUUUCUUUCUCUUUUAUCUGGAGGCCUUGACUUGUUUAUCUGAUCCCAGCCCACCCUGAACAUAAACAAAUAACUUUUGUUUGCCUUCAGAUGCCAGAAAGUUUUUCAGGAAGACUGAGGAGACAUGGGAUUAAGCCUUCAUAUUCAUUUUCCCUCUAGUGUCCCUGUCUCCAUUAGAGAGGAUUAGGACAGGCUGAGAGUGCCAGUGCCUCUUUUGGGAUUGGCUCCUUUCCAUGCUCACACUCUGUGGCAGUGACAGUUCAAACACACCAUUGAAUCGGAAUGUGUACAUUUGCUUCUUGUGUGCCACCAUCUGUUCUCACUCCCUCUCCUGUUUUCAGUACCAUUUUAUCUGUUCAAUAUGAAUAUGAUUUGAUAUCCCCAGUAAGAUAUGCUAAUGCAUAGUUUGGGAUUUCAGGCUUAUGAGGUUGAUGGGAAAUCCCAGUACCAAAUGUUGCUCAGGAAUGAAAUCUGAAUCGCAGUUGGUGAAUAUUGUAAGAUAUGGGUUAGCCAUAUUGAAGACGAUGACUAAUUAUUGUUCGUUAUUAAAUUGCCUUAGUUUCUGUAGAAAGUUAUAACCAAAUAAUAUACUUAAUCAGUUUUCAUAUAGACCCCAAAUUAAAGGUGGUGCUAAAAUAAAAAAAAAAAACAAUCCUUAAUUUCAUGUCACUCUAGUGAGCUGCUCAUGUGAAGUAAGGGUCCAAAGUUUAGAAAGUUCCUUACAAGCCUGACCCUGGCACACAUUUAAGUUGUACUCUGCUCUUGGCUUGAUCUAUAGUGUGGUUCAGGAUGUUCAACAUGACUUUAACACUUGGCCCUUUUGUACUUGUACAUGUUUAUUGCGAUGUAAUGAAGAGUAUAACUAAUUUAUUUGAGGGACAGAUUUGUGGUUAUGUGCGUGUUUAAUACUUGAACUCUCAAGCUGUUCACAAAGUCUAUGUAUUGAUAUGCUGAAUAUUCUAUGCAUAUACACCUGACACUGUUGGCAUUUGUAUUGUGUGCUAUUUAGCCUAGAUGCCUUCAGUAGAUUUUAGCCUGAGUGUUAUACCAACAUAAGUUGCCUUCCCCUUCAAAUCAAACAUUAUGGACACGUUUUCCUUUUGUCUAAGAAAACUGUCUUACUUCACUUCUUUCAACAAUGUCAUAGUCUAUUCCAGACCAUACUUGAUUCCUUACUUCAAGUGCUUUUUACAUGAUUGAUUUAAUGUCCUUGUGUAAAUUGUGCAGUGUAAUGUAUGAUGGAAACGAAGUGAGAUUUGAGUACUUUGUGAUCCCAUGGUGUCAUUGAUGCUCUUAUUACAGUCCUUGAUCAGCAGUUGACUGAAGAAAACAGCUGCAAAAACAGCUUUGCUUUAUAAGAAUGCAGAUGUUUCUAUCAUUCAUGUAUUUUUCCCUGGUGUUUGAAAUGUUUUGAUUAGAUUUGAACACUCAAAAAUUUCCCUUUAAUACAUAUGGGGGGGAAAUAAAACAUGGAUACAUUUACUGAU